CGACUAAGUACAGUAUGUUGCAACCAUACCCAUCACAAUAAUUUUGACGUUUCGUCGACCGCUGGCUGCAUUUUGUACACGUUCGACGUAGGUUUAUAUGUGACGUUGCCAUUUUAAGGUGAUUACCGGCGAACUUUGUUAUUUUUCAUAUUAUUUUAAUCAAUAAUGUCUUCAACGGAAGAAACUUCUCAACUCAAAGCUGGCCAUCCUCCUGCAGUAAAAGCCGGAGGCAUGAGAAUCACUCAGCACAAAGUGCCUCACGCGAAAGACGGUAAAGAAUCUGCCAACGAAGACUUGACCGGUCUCUCCGGACCUUCUCCAGUUCCGUCCAACCCAAUAUCCAUCUCUGGAGCUCCGAACAGAGGCAAUGCAGACUUUACGCCAGAGGCGGCUCAAGUGGCACACAGUCCGAAGCCUCCGGCACAUGUUAAUGUCAAACCCAACCCUCAUAUCCAACAGCCUAGGAAAUAGAUGGACCGAUACUAUCCUCUUCAAACAUAUCUGUUUAUUAAGGUUAAUAAAUAUUAUUUUUACAAACACCUAUUAGGCAAAAUAUUUAUCAAUGAAAAUUGUAUUAGUACAAUGGUUGUUAUUGUAGCCUAAUUGUACGUCAUCCUAAGUUUCUUGGUCGAGACAUGCCCAAAGGUAAGCGAUACUGGGCUGAAUAUAAUUAUAUAUAAAAUUGAAAUUUAUUUAUCAACCUUAGUAAACGAUUUUUGAAAUAUUUAUUUGCAUUAGGAGUUCAUUGCACUUAAGUCACUACGUUAUAACAGAUAACAUCUGCAAGAAAUUAUGCUACACCUGUCCAAAUAUAAUUUGGAACAGGUCUGUUCAAGUUACACUCAAAUAAUAGUAAUAAAGCAUCUAAUGCAAAUAAGUAUUGAUUAUGCAUGUCUCAAGAAAUUAACAAAAAAUCAAUAUAGUUAUGGGGCCUUAUUCCGUCUACGGGGGCAAAUCCGUCUUUUUGCGAUUACGGACGUUUUUAUCGAUGGAAAACAUUCAUAGCUGAAUAGGUAAAGGAGUUAUAAACUUCCUUAUUUACCUAAAUGUCUAUCAAGGCCGUCCUUCGAUUAGAACAGCCAUUAUUGCCAAAAGACGGAUUUGCCCUCAUAGACGGAAUAACGCUCUACACAAAGCUUUUUCUUAAUGUAACUUUCAAUAACUACACAAUUAAUUUUACACAGUAAUAAAAGUCAUUUUUUAAGACUCGGCCGAAAAAUACACUUAGUUAUAAACAAUAAGGUUUAUUUCUUGAGUCAUGCAAGAAUAGCGUGAUGAUUAGAUUGGUAUAUUAAGCGAAUUUGUAUUAUAAAUAAGCAUCGAAUUUAUUUAUUGUAACACGAGACAGUCUUGCUAUAGCAACCUAAUCAUAUAAGCGUAAAAUGCACUUGAGUGUCUGACUCUGCAAAAAAAUCACGAAAAAAAUUCAUUCAACAGGAGUAGAUUUAAGUCAAAAACAAAAAAAAAUAUAUAGAGUGAAGUCUGUAAGGGUUUUAGAGGCUUCAAGUUUUUUUUUUCAGAGGCAUUUAAUGGUUAGUUUUUAGGAAUUGUUUUCGGAAAUUUAAAAAAAAAAUCAUACAAUUUUGUGUUAAAAAAAACUUUUUCAUAAAAUUAUAGAUAUGAAAUAUGUUGGUGUGUUGCACAAAAACAAUUUAAUAAAAAAUGAACACCCUAUGUAAUGGUUUUGAAACAAAAGUAUUUUUUGCAUUUAUGACUUUUUUAACUUGAAGCCUUACUAUGUGUUGUAAAACCCAGUUACUUAAAUAUAAGACUACUAUUGUUAUUGGUUUUGAAUUGUGUAUAAUUAAGUUUAAUUGCAACAUAUAAAUUAGCACAACAUUUAUAUUUUUCCGGCCCUAACAACAAUGGCCAACUAAGACAAUAAUUCUCAAAAUUGAGAUGAGAUGUAUCUUUGUUUUCAAGUUAUUUUAUUAGAAUUGGUAUUGAAAUUUCAGAAAGCAAUAAAGUUCAAUAUUAAUAUUGUUAUGUUGUCCGUUAUUAUAUUUAUCGAUCUAACAUUAUUAUGGAAAUAUUUGUCAAUGGUAUAAUAUAACCUAGAAAUUUUAGUAUACAUUUGAUGUAUAAAAUCUAUGUGUAGUAAAAAAAACUGUAAUUUUAAAGUUUCUUCUGAAUGUAAGAGUAUGUUAUUGAUUUCAAAUGAUAUAUUUCUAGUAAUAAUGUAAGGUCACUAUCAUGUAGACUGUGGUGGUGCUAAAAGAUACAGUCUUCAUUUUAAUUUGGUUGCAUUUUAUUAACAUUCCUAAAUUUUAUGUUGUUUUACUUGUGAAGUACAUGUUUUAUAAAAUAAAAAAUCAACUUUUCAAACAACCUGUAUAAGACAGCGGUCAAAUAAUGUUUCGGAUUCUUAGAUUUUUCUAUUUUUUAGUUUGAUUACUUUUUAGAUAUUAAACAAUUAAAUAUU